AUGGCAAAUCAAGGCUGCUAUUUUACACCAUCUAUACCAGGUGUUCCUGUAAUCAUUGGUCUUCGAAAUGCCCUAUUACUCGAACAGCCGCCUGCCUUUCAACACCAGUUUGCCAUAUCUGCUGAGAAGGAACGUUUGCAUAUGACUGAGUUGGAGUAUCAAAUGUUAAACAUGGGGAAAACGAAGCUGGUCACUGAGGAAGCGAGGGAUUCCUCUGAUUUUAAUGAAGGGGUGGAAGAUCAAAUUUCAGGUAGCCAGGUUUCGAAGACAAAUAAAGCAAGAGGAUGGAUGUGA